UUGAAAUGUCUGCUUCCAUGGUGGCCAUAUUGAAACUUUUGUUUCUGUGCGCCUUGGCCCACACAGCUGGGUGUUUGGCUCUGCCAACAUCGAGUGUGGUGAAAACAUUUGAAACGGCUACUGAUCCACCUAAGAUUUCCGAAUAUGUUAUAGUGCGUGGUGAAGAUUCUUCGAAUGAAAAUCCCCACUUUAAAUUGGCCGCUUCAAUGUUGUUGAAAAGUUUGCAACAAGAGACUGCCGAAAUACUGCCGCUGGUUGAUGAGCCAUUGGAGGAAUGCAGUAAUCCCUCGCAUAAGGCCACAUUUUCACCCUAUGACUACACUGUGUUAUUGGCCAUGUUAGUCAUAUCGCUGGGUAUUGGCAUUUUCUAUGGAUUCUGUAAGAAAUCGGGCAGUUCAUCGAAUGAAUUUUUGCUUGGUUCCGAAAUGUCCAUAUUUCCGGUUACUUUGAGUUUGACCACAAGCUUCAUAACAGCUAUUGAGUUGUUGGGCAAUCCAUCGGAAAUGUACUUUCAGGGAUCACAAUUUGUAUUGAUUGUUAUUCCCAUGGUUUUUGUCAUACCGGUUGCUGUCAAAGUUUUCUACCCGAUUUAUUUCAAAAUGGAAUUGACCAGUUGUUAUGAAUAUCUGGGUAUACGUUUUGGCAAGGAAAUUCGCGUUUUGGGCGCUGUAUUAUAUGUGCUGCAGAUGUGCUUCUACACAGCAGUUGCUGUCUUGGCACCCGCCAUUGCCCUCUCCAAGGCAACUGGUUUGGAUACAAAAAUUGCUGUUGUGCUUAUCUAUGUUGUUUGUGUAUUCUAUUCAUCGCAGGGUGGCAUGAAAGCUGUUGUCAUUGCUGAUUCUUUCCAGGCUGCAGUUUUGGCUUUGUCUUUGAUUUUGGUUGUUGCCUUGGGUAGCUUUUAUAGUGGCACACCUGCUGAGAUCUUCAAGACUGCUGCCGAAAGAGAUCGUUUGGAAUUUUUCAAUUUCAACAUGGAUCCCACAACCCGUCAUACAGUCUGGUCGGUGGUCAUUGGUGGCUUCUUCUAUUGGACCUCGUUGUUCUGUACCAAUCAGGCUUCGGUGCAGAAAUGUAUGUCGCUGAAAUCAUUGAAAUUGGCACGCAUUGCUUUGGGUUUUGCCAUUUUGGGUUUGGUGGUGGUGUUCCUGCUGAACUUCUACACAGGUCUAAUGGUGUUCAAUCACUAUGCCGAUUGCGAUCCCUUGACUGCAGGGCGCAUUACAGCUACUGAUCAGCUAUUACCCUACUAUAUCAUCAGUACGUAUGAGCAUAUUUAUACCAUGGCAGGUAUAUUUGUGGCGGGUAUUUUUGCAGCAAGUUUGGGAACUGUGGCCUCUGCCUUGAAUUCCUUAUCGGCUGUAACCUGUGAGGAUUUAUUGGUGAAUGGCUUGAACAUCAAAAUCUCACCCGACAAGGGUGCUCUCUAUGCCAAAUGGAUGUCCUUGGGCUAUGGCAUUUUGUCUUUUGGUUUGGUCUUCAUUGUCGAACGUUUGGGUGGAGUUCUACAAGCUACGCUUACGCUCAAUGGCCUGAUUGGAGGUGUUACUUUGGGCCUUUUUGUCUUGGGCAUUGCAUUUAAGAAUGCCAAUACCAAAGGUGCUUUCUACGGUGGCAUCUCAGCCUUGGUCAUUGUGAUUUUCAUUGGUGUAGUGGCUCAGAUUUCGAAUGUGGAUCCUGAAGAUUUGCCAUUGUCGGUGGAAAAUUGUGAUUGUUUGGUUAAUACCACUGAAACUUCGUUGAUAUUGUCGGCAGUGCGUAGAGAAGCGGUGGAGACGGUUGAAAGUGGCUUUACUGAUUGGCCCAUAUUUAAACUUAGCUAUAUGUGGUAUUCCAUGCUUGGCUGUUUAUUGACUCUUGCCUUGGGCAUUAUCAUCUCAGCCAUUGUCAAUGCUGUUCAAAAACAUCGCGUUUUGAAGAUCAAUUCCAGCAAGACCACCAACAAUAUCAGCAUGAAUACUGAGACCAAUUUACCCAAGGAGAACAUUAACAACUCCUCUGCUAUGCAUACACCUGAACUAAUGGUAGUUCCGACCGAAGCCGCUGGUGGUGGCCAUGUCAAUCAUGCCAUACGUUUGGAUGAUGAGCAAUAACUUAGUCAACUCUUUACUCCAUAGCUAACCAACGUUUAGUAGAAUUUAUAGUAGUCGAUUGUGGUUAACACAUAGACCUAUGCAUUUCUUGGGUAUCUGUGUGUUAUCCUACCUCCUACUAGCCCCCGCAUAUCUAUAUAUAUAUAUACAAAUAUAUCCCACCCACUCUAUGUAUGCACCAAGUAUUUAUUUUAUGUACAAAUUACCUCUUAUUAGUUUGUAGUACCUCAACACCCUCAUGGUCCCUAUUAUUCGGGGGGCAGAACCUCAAGGACCUCUUUAGUGAGUGAGUGUCGUUAGCAAAUCCUCAGAAACAGUGAUACACACAAAACUUAAUUUAGCCAUAAAUCUUGUCUAAUCUUCUUUAUGGUCGCAAUUACAAAGUAACCGUAUACUCGUACAUUUGUAGUAACUAGUUCUUAUCUAUAUACAUAUGUAUCUAUGCACCAGUAUUUGUUUAAAACGCCCAUGCCACGCCCACACACUGUCACAAUCUACUUGAAAGGGUAUUCAAAUGGGAAAUCUUUAUUGAUUUCAUUCGAAAUGUUGGCAAAUGUUGCGCUCUUAUUACUUUUUAUAUAUUGUAGAAAACGAUAUGAUGUUUUAUAAACACAUCUUAUAUGCAUGCAAUUGUAUUGAAAUAAAAAUGUAAUGUGAAGAAAAACCUCAA